AUUUUUUAAGAAAUUGAAAGUUGUGUUAAUUUCCCCCCCCCCAAAAAAUAUCGAUUUCGUCUUGAGUUUAAGUCGAAAUUGUAUUUUUUUUUCGAGACUUUUUUAAUCAGUUUUAACAGUAGUGUGUAGAAUGACUGGAUACAAUAAACAGUACCUGUUCUUUAAACCUGUACCGGACCUGGAGAAACUCUACAGUGUUUUUCUGUCAUUUCACAGUUUUUUGUCUCAAGGAGAUGAAGGAGAGCUGAGAAACAGUCAGGUGAAGACCUGCAGAGAGCUUUUGCACACACAUUCGGAUGUUAUUGCGUCUCCCGUGUUCGGCUCUUACGGUGGGAUCAGAGUUAUAAUGUCUAUAACAUUUUUCAACAGAGGCAUCAUCCAGGUUUAUGCACAGAGCCACAGUUUACAGAUCAGUUCUCCUCAGAAGGUUCUGCCUAGCAUCCUGCAGAUGUGUCUGUCUUACUCCCUCACCGCUCGACUGGCCCCGAACUGGAACAGAGUCGGACAGUAUUUUAUCACAGGAAAGGAUUUCCUGUCCGAUGCUAACAAACGCUUCGCCGUUGUCAUGGAGCUGAGUGUGACCGAGACCGAACUGUGUGUCAGCGUGGAGGCCAGCACUAUAAGACUUCCUCCUGUAACUCUGAAAGACUUUGAUGUUCCAGCUCUUGUGAUGGAAAGAUUUCUGAAUAAAAAAGAGACAGUUCUCCACACCAAAGCACCAAAUAACUGGGUCUACAUUCUCCCAAGCAUGAAGAAGGGCCAGGUCAUCAGCAUCAGUCGCACACUGCCACCAGAGUGUCCUUUCCAGACUUACGCUGAGCUUCAGAAUCACUGGACCAUCAUGUAUGGCUAUUACCUCCCCCCACUGAACGAGGAUGAGAUGGUGUAUUGCAGUGUGUAUUUUAAACUGCUUGGUGAGAAGCUUUUCACAUAUCCGUUGUGUUGUAUUCGCAUUCAGCCAGUUCAGUGUUUUCCCCGAGUGAACCUGCAGGCGGCGCUCAGAGCCUUUAUAACUGAUGUCAGAAGCCUAAUUGAGAAAGUUUGUGGCUUUACAGCACAAUUGACCAGCCAGCCUUUAUACCAUACUCUUCAUCUGAGCAGGCCUAGUAUACAGGACUCUAGGGCUUUACCUGCUAACCUGACCUUCAAGUGCUCUAGCAGACUUGUGCUGACCCAGAAUCCUAGCGUCUGCACUCCAGAGAUGGUGCCUCUUUCAAAGUUAGCAUCUUCUCCAUGGCGCCUAAGUCAGCCUGUAGGUUUGAGCAACAUCCAACAAUCAGCUGCAAACACUGGACACUGGAAUCCUCAAAUCCCCAGCCCUAUUUUGCAGUCAUCUCAAUGCAAUGGCAUUGAGACAAGCCAGUUCUCAUCAUCCUUCACCUCUCUUCCAUCAUUCUCCUCGACCUUGUCUGUCUCUCCUAAGCACCCAGUGCUUAGCAACACUCAGCCUGUUGUACAGAGACCCAAACUGGUACCUAUCUUCAGAAACAAGUCACUGAGUCGGCAUGUUAACGUCACGAAGAUCCUGGCUGAGAAAAAGAAACAACAAGAAGAAGCAGCACAGUGUGCUUUAAAAGCACCACUUAAAAGAUUCUCCUCGUCUCCUUUAUCCUGUGCAUCAUCACUCCCUAGAGUGUCUCUGCCAUUUUUUAAGGACCGUAAAAAAGAACACAGUGUCUGCACUACCACACCAGUACAGCCGGUCUUCAAAAAACAACCUGCACCCAUGCCUGAGAUCAAAACAGGGGGUGAAGUAUUUCAGUCGCACCCGAAGAAAGCCAAACUCAACAUACAGGAAGUGGAUGUGGUGAAGUAUGCAAGAAUCAAUCAGCUGGCAAAGAUCAAUGUGGCGACUCUGCAGGCCUGGCUGAAAGGUCAAGGCAUCCCAGUGUGUUCAAAGGACAAGAAGGGGGACCUGAUGUCAAAGGUCAUGCACCGCCUGAAUGAACCUUGAGGCAGAACCUCAAUCCAGACCGCUCCUGCGGGUUUAGAGUUGCUCUGUCAGGUAAUCCACACCAGAGAGGAAGUCUAGGUCUGUCUAGCACUCACACAGAGGAAACAUUAAAAUGAGCUGGCUAUGAGUUGUUUUGCAUUUCUUUUCUGCUUGGCCACGUUCAGCAUGAUGUUAAUAUAUGCUCUGUUAUGGUCUAAGUGGAUACGAUCAGAUCUGUGGUAUUAUUUCAGAAUAUACAAAUGUAAAUCCUUUUUUUUUUAUGUGUAACUUGUUUAUUUUGUUUACUCUGUUGUGCACGGUUGUACAGUUAUGCAUAAAACAUGUAUUUAUUUAUAAAAGAGAUUGAUACUGUACUACUUUGUAAAAUCAAAAACACUAAUACAAGUGUUUUUUCUGUUCUGAGCUUUUUCCUUAUUGCUUCCCCCCUUUUUUUUUUUUUUUUGCUUAAUGAUCUUUAAAUACAUUCAGUAUGUUUAAUGAAAUCUAAUUUAGCUUUGUACCAUCACUAAGAUCCAGCAUGAAGUUUGAUUUCCAAAAGCACACAGAGAAUUUCAGAUGACCGCUGGUGCUGCUCGCCUCCGGAGCGUUUACUGCAAGCAUGACAGAAAGCUCUGAUGGCGGCUCGGCUCGUGUCUACUCUAAUGAUACACAAAACAGAGACAGAGAGCCGAGUAGCAGAGGAGUGUGACUGAAAUGGAAAUUGGCGCGAGUCACUUUGAUGGUUAAUGAAGGGAGCUUACAGAAAGUCCAACAUCAGCUAGCCUUUUUAACACUUCGUUCCUACCAAGU